AUGGCAGGGGGUAACGUCAUUGGAGGUAUGCCCGCGGCCAUGUUACCACAUCCAGCAAAGCCCUGGCCGCCAUAAUUUGUCAUUUAAUUAUUUUUAUUAAUUUGACAAAGAUGCCUCGCUGUUCGGCCUUUGCAUGCAGCAAAUUAUCGACCAAGGGAUGUGGCAAGACCUUUCACCUUUUUCCCAAGAACAUUGAGAGAAGACAGCUGUGGGUGGCCAGGAUGAGGAGACAGGAGUUCAAGCCAUCAAACAGGGCAGUACUGUGUUCUGAUCAUUUUGAGGAGGCAUAUUUUGAUAAAACCGGACAAACUGUUAGACUGAGACCAGAUGCUGUACCGACAAUCUUCAACUUUCCUGAUCAUCUUCAGAAGAAAGCUGGCAGUCACAAACCACCUACAAAAAGACAACCUGCAGAACUACACAAAAAUCCACCAGAAGCAGGGUCAAGUCAUCAGCAGACUUCACCAGACAAGGCCUGCAAAAAAAGGUUGAAGCUAGGUCAGCAGAAAACCAGGAGGUUGAGGAAGAAAGUAGAGGCCCUGCAAAACAUUGUUGACUCCAUGCAGAGUUCACACAUGAUCUCAGAGUCUCCUCCAAGAUCAGGCUGCAUCACUUGGCCAGGUCAUUCACAGACCCUGCCACUGGCAAGCUAAUUUUGUUUAAACACCAGAAUAUUGCAGUUAUUUAGUUUUUGAAAAUGUUGAUUAAGAUAUGUACAUAUCUGAAUUGUCAAAUGCAACAGUGUAAUGAUUCUGUGUUUUGUAUAAAUGUAUAUUUUCAGUGUAAGUCAACUUGAAUUACAAAAUAGCAGUUUUAUAUUGCGUUCAGAUUGCAGUCAUUUAGUUUUUGAAACUUUUAUUAAGAUAAGAACAUUUGAUAUUUUACUUCUAAAUGCAUUAGUGUAAUAUUUCUGUGCGAUUUGUACUUCAUUUAGUUUUUGAAACAUUGAAGAUAUGUACAUAUUUGAUAUAUAAUUUUAAAUGCAAUACUGUAAUUGUUUUAGAAUAAUUAUUCUCUAAAUCAUCUUAAGAUUGAUAUUGAAAACUGUUUUUCUUUCAUAGUAUUUAAGUCUGUUUAUGUUUAGAACUAUGAAGUAAAUGCAUACUUAGCUGUUAGACCCAAGACUUUGAUAAAUGUAGUAGGUGUAAGAGUUCUGUAUAGAGUAAAAUUAUAAAGAGUUGUAAAAAAAGUGAACACCCUCUGUCUACACCACUGAAGAGUUAAGGUGGAGAGCCUUUAUUAUUCAUAUAACUGAGUUGUUUGUUCACUUCAUACAAUAUGCUCACAGUAAGUUACAUUUAUUUAUGUAUUUAAUUACUUAAAUAUAGUACAGCAUAUGCCUGGAAUUAUGGUAAUUUAAUUACUGAUAAAAGUAAAAUGAAGGCAUUUAAGAUGCAUUAGGAUUCUUCUUACUGUGUUUGCAAUUUAUUAAUAUUAAUACAUUUUCUCACUUUUUUUUUUUUUUAGCACCCUUGCCUGUAUGGGCUUUGUAUUCCAUGUUAUGGAAUGUGCAUUAAAAACCAUAAUAAAAACUCUCCCCAUCUUCAUUUAAGACAUAAAAAUAAAGAAUCUGUAUACACAAAGAGGUAUCUCUAAGCAGUUUUAAAAAAAAUAAAUAAAAAAAGAUGGCGCCUGCUAAGCGUGUUUAUAGAUCAGUGACUGGCAUGUGGAUGGCGCUGGCUGGAGACUGGCAGGCUCAGCCACUUUUACUUUCUGUGCUGCAUGUGGAUUUCGUUACUACACUGUGGUAGAGUCGCCAUAUUAGUUUUGAUCUACAAAACCUUAUCUGGAGGGUACUACUGUACUAUCAUUAA